GAAGCCCGUAGCCCACCCGACUAAGUUCUUUUACGAAGCAGAAACCCACAGUUGAUGGUCAGCCGCCCGCAACGUUAACAGCUCGACCAGUCGAAGUAUCCGUGUUUACCAGCUGUUGCUGUAAGGUUCAUAACGAAGAGGUUUAUUGGAGAGUAUGACUCAUCGCAAGCCAAAGGGUCAAAUGAAAGAUCGUAUCCUGGAAAGCCGGGUCACGUGGGGAGACGGUUUCGUGUUAGUUUACUCCAUCACUGAUCGCAGGAGCUUCAAGUCGAUCAUGACAUAUCACCAAAUGGUGUGCAGUAUUAAACCCAAACCUGUUGUUGUACUACUGGCUAAUAAAAGUGACUUGGAACACAAGAGAAAGGUACUGAAAUCAGAAGGCCGACAACUGGCCGAGGCAAUGAAGUGUCCAUUCUACGAGUGUUCGGCUUCCGAUGGAUUCCGACAAAUAACCGACGCUUUUAAUGAUCUUUACCGCGAAGGACUGCGGAAAAAGAAGGAACGAAAGUACUCCCUAUCACCGCGACCACUUCGAAGUGCAAUGGGGAAAUUAUUUCGACGUAACAGUUCAAAAGGAAACUUGCUGACCGCGGGACCUUACAUUUAGGGAUUACUUAGAAAAUAUGGCGGCCAUCUUGGACCGCGAGGCAUUAUGGGGGGUCAAGGGAGGCAACACAAAACAAAGAUAGUGGGUAGAGUUUCGUUUGUAAAGGUGAUAGAUGAGUCGUCUUUGGU